CAACCACAAACGACACCACCAACGCAUCUAUACCAGCAUCCACCAUGUCCGGUCCAGCCGCCAGCACACCCUCGCGCUUUGUCGCAAACACCGAAACUCUGGAGGACGUGCUAAAGACGCAAACCGUCGGUCUCGUGCAUUUAAGCGAAUUCAAGAAGCGCCGUGUGGAAUUAGCCGAACAGCGAGAUCGCGAAGCAGCUGAGAAAUUACAACCCAUUCGCAGCAGCGGAGGCGGGGGAGGCUCGAGCUCGUCUCGUGAAGGCAGUGAAGCGCCCACCGGUAGCAGUGGCGGCAAGAGGACAAAUAAGCGCAGGAAGGUGGUCAAGGGGAAAUUGUCGUUUGCGGGGGAGGACGAUGGCGAUGAUGGUACGGAUGACGGCGGCGACUCUUCAUCCGCCGACCCAACAAGGUCUAAUAGCGAGGAUAACAAUAAGAGUGGUGAGGAGGAUGAGGUGAAGAAGCGGAAGGUCAAUCCGAAAUUGGGUCUGCCGGCUCCGAAGGUCUUGACGAAGAAUACGCUUUUGAGGGAAGCUCAGGAGCGUGAAACCUUGAGGAGGGAGUUUUUGGCUUUACAGGAGAAAAUUAAAAAUGAAGAGAUUAGCAUUCCGUUUGUCUUUUACGAUGGCACCAAUGUUGCGCCGCCCACCGGAGAGGGAGUGACAGUUAAGAAAGGCGAGGCUGUAUGGCUAUUCCUCGAACGUGCUAGGAGAAUGUCUGGACGCAGGGAGUGGCUCAGAGUAUCGGUCGAUGAUUUACUGCUGGUUCGGGGUGAAGUUAUAAUACCUCACCACUUUGAAUUCUACUACUUUAUCGUCAAUCGCACGAUGGGGCCCAACGGACUAUUGUUCGAUUUCCCUUCAUCUCCAUCGCCCACACCCCAGACCCCCACCACUAAUCCCAACAGAGAUGACCCCACAAUGACUAAAGUGGUGGAUCGUCGCUGGUACGAACGGAAUAAACACAUAUUCCCUGCAAGCGUAUGGACAGAAUUUGAUCCUAAUACGGAUUACUCGAACAUGGUACGACGGGAUAUGGGUGGGAAUGCAUUCUUUUUCGGUUGAGCCAACUUGGUGCCAGUGGCCAACUCUGGCUGGUGGCGGUUGAGGGGCGGGAGGAUGUGCUAUCAGAAGAUCUUUCGUAAACCCAUGGUAUGAUACCGUGCGGUAUAUAUUAUGUUUUUGUGCUCUUUUCCCUACCCUUCGCUGGUUUAGUAGCAUAGACUACGGGAUAUGGACUAAUUGUUAGACCUCGAUGUAAAACUACUUAUAAUCAAUGAAACUGGUGAUUGG